AUGGACGGAGGUCAUCUCUUCCAGGCAAUCAAUACGACCACCACCACUGGCAUAUGCAUUCCUGAAGAGGCGUCAUGGAACCUCAACAGUGACCUGCACCAUCCAGAUAUUGUCAACUCCUAUCCACCUACCAUAGAGCUUGAUGGCGGCCCGGUCCAAGUGGACUUCGACAGUCUGGCUACAUUCCUGAAUGAUCAUCGUUCCCUUGAUGAUAACCUGCACGAUGAUAGUGAUGAACACCAUUGUGUCUCGUGGGGGAGGUUGGGAGCUCUCGACGGCACAGAGAGAAUUAGUCCAGUUGUCGCCAAUCACGUCCCUUCAACUCAGUCACAGGCCCAUCCGUCAUUGAUUCCUCCCCCGACUCUUAAAACUCGAAACCGCCCUCAUCCUCAGGCUUCCCCUUCAACUAAGAGGUCAAAACCGUGUCUUGGCUGCAGAGUUGACAAGGGCAAUCGUGCUUGUUCCGGAUCACCGUGGUGUGAGAGAUGCCAGCACAAAACCGGUCUGCAAGCACCACCCGCCAGUCCAAAUAUUAUUCCCUAUUUGGAUUGGAGUCGAUGGCAUAACUUCUGCCAAGCAGUUCAGCAAAGUCUCCCCAAGCUGUCCGAAGACGUGACAAUCAUCUCCCGAGCUUCCGGACCCCAACCCCAGUCGAUCAUUCUAGAACUCGACCUCGAGGACAGAUGUUCUAGGAGAAGCUUUCAAUUGACACAUGUCGUCGCGCUCGAUCUCAGAUUCGCCGACGGCACGUGGCCAAGGGCACCUGUAAUCACCAAGGAACAAUUUGACCUGUUCAUCAUGGAAGCCAUGUGGGGGAGAUUGUAUACAGUCAGAGACGCCGAAAGUUUUUCCAACCAGGAGCAGGACUUAUUCUCCAAGAUCAAGCUCCUUUUGGGCUAUUCCAAAUUGCUUCGGAGCUUUAACUCUAUCUGGAUCAUCAGUCGCGCCUUCGUUGACGACGCACUAAGCCUGUUUGUGGCAGCUGAGCUCGAAUAUUUUCUAGCAUUCCGUGUCAACAUGUUGUUCACAGAGUUAUUGGGAAUGUGGCCCGCUAUCGAUUCGGAUGCUGUCACCGGACAACGUCAGGCCGUCCUUUUCUAUGGCCUCGAAGCGUAUCUUCUUUGGUUGGAGAAUGACCUCAACGAAUGUUUCAAACGGGUGCACGAUAAUAUUCUGGUGCAAACAUGUGGCCUUCCCACACCGCAGAGAAUACAGGUUGUACCACAUCUCGUGGAAUUUGCUCGCGCACGGGACAAGGAUCUCUCGAAACACCUGCUGGUGAGCGUGCAAAGACACCCGAGUUCCAUCGUUGGGUUCGUGCCGUUUCCGCUGAUUCAUUCAAGGGGCGAGGUGCGCUCUGCUUUGGAUCUAUUGGUAGAAUCGCGUAGAGAAAUUAUCUCCGGAAUCAUCAAAGGCUCCGUUAAACCCAGAGAACGACACCCAAAAUACUUGGUGACAGUGGACAACAAACUGGUCGAGUAUAGGGAUUUAACCGACCUUGGAUACGGGACACACGAUGGGACCAAGAACAGCAACAGCUCCACGGGUGGUCCAACGGAGACAGCACAGUUUCUAAUCGAACAGCACCCGGAUCCGCUGCAAGCUGUUCGACCUGGGGGCUCCACGUUCACCACUGUUGGCGACGAUUUCAUUUUGGAGUCAGAAACAGGGUCAGGCAUCGGCCCUCAGGGGCCCAAUGUCACUGUGAGUAUGCUAAGCCCAGAAGAGCUGGCCAGGAUCAGCGUUCCCAUUCCUCCUCCAGGCUCAGUCGGUUUCUGCGACUCCUGGGGGCAGCCAAUAUCUGACUUACAGCUUUGGAACUUUCGGCCCUCCACCUCUGACCUCCCGGAGACCGCUAAUGACAAUGAUGACGUCGAUGAAAAUCUGUCGGAUACUUCCCGAGUGUCCCAGCAAGACGAGAUCCCCCUGAAAUUCAAUGCAGUUCUGAACGCAAUGAUUGCGAGGGCCUAUUCCAACGUCCUGUUAGCAGAACAACCUGAGCGGGAUCAUCAUCAGCAGAAUUGA